AUGGAGGAUAAGGGAUUGAAUCACUCGUACAGCUAUAUACUCCCAGAACAACACCCGAAUCAUAUAGAGAAUGGACGAAAAUACCAUGGAUAUCACAAAGGAAAAUACGUGUGGCCAUGUGAUGAAGAGGAGCAAGAUCGCCUUGAUUUGUUCCACAAGGUCAUCACGGAAGCCAGGAAAGGUGAUGGCUUAUUGUACGCUCCUCAUCCUUCCAAUGCACGGGUAAUCGACAUAGGGUGCGGCACGGGGAUAUGGGCCAUUGACAUCGCCAGGAAAUAUCCCCACGCGUUUGUAGUUGGAGUAGAUCUCGCAGAUAUCCAGCCACUAAAUCACCCAAAGAACUGCGACUUCUACGCGCCUCGUGACUUUGAGCAUCCAUGGACCCUUGGCGAAAAUAACUGGGACGUGAUCCAUAUGCAGAUGUUGUGUGGGAGUGUGAUCAGUUGGCCUUCAUUAUAUCGCAGAGUAUUCGCGCAUCUUCGCCCUGGUGGCUGGCUCGAACAUGUGGAGAUUGAUUUCAGACCGCGGUCUGAUGAAUGUUCUUUGGAGCAUACCUAUAUGCAUCAGUGGUACCAGCAUUUGCAGCUGGCGUGUGAACAGUCAUGGCGGCCUAUUGCCUAUAGUGCUAGUGAGACAAAGAAAAUUUUAGAGAAGCAGGGGUUUGUCAAUAUUGAUCACCAAAUAGUUGGAUUACCCAUGAAUACAUGGCCCGAUGAUAAACACGAGAAAGAAGUGGGCAGGUGGUAUAAUCUCGCAAUAUCAGAAAGUGCCGAGACACUCAGUUUAGCCCCGUUUUGCCGACUACUGGGCUUCUCACGGGAAAGAGUUCAGCAUCUGGCUGCCGAGGUCAGAGCCGAAAUUAACACGAGGAAAUUACGUGCCUUUAAUAUCCUUCAUAUUUAUCAAGCACAAAAGCCGCUAUAA